AUGAGUGCCGUUGCGGUACGAGAAACUCCAGUCGACGACGACGACGACGCUCACCAACAACAAAGGCAAAAGAGGACUCCUCUCCCCAAAUUCCAACUCUUCGUGGUUUUUUUCGCUCAGUUCUCAGAACCGAUAACUGCCAUCGUGAUAUACCCCUUCAUCAACCAGUUCGUGCAAGAUACAGGUAUCACGAAUGGAGAUCCCCGGAAAAUUGGCUAUUAUGCUGGAAUUUUAGAAUCCGCAUUUUUCUUAACGGAAACGCUGACUGUGUUUCAAUGGGGGUAUCUUUCAGACCGCCUUGGGCGUAGACCCAUCCUGCUGCUCGGUCCACUUGGACUGACGUUUGCUAUGCUUGGAUUUGGGCUUUCGAAGACGUUUUGGCCGUUGGUUAUAUAUCGGUGUUUUCAAGGAGUUUUCAAUGGCAAUAUUGGGGUAGCCAAGACGGUUAUUGGAGAGAUAACUGACCCUACUAAUAUCGCUGAUGCAUUUUCGCUGUUCCCAUUGGUGUGGGGAACUGGAACCACACUUGGUUCGAUCAUCGGUGGCGUCUUCACCAGCCCAUCGGACACAUGGCCUGAUACGUUUGGCAGAAUCCGUCUGCUCAGAGAACACCCUUAUUUACUUCCUUGCAUGGUAGCAGCUUGUAUAGCUUUCGCCGCUUUCUUGACCACAUUCAUUUUCCUGAAAGAGACUUCUCCUGCCGCGAUCCAGCGACAAAAGAUCAAAAAGCACCAGCAUCACCUUUCCAGACAACCCAGCCAUACAACGACACUUUUAGACCAUAGCGACUCGCGGGAUUAUGGCACCAACGGCGCAUCAGUACCAGGAGAUCUCGAGCCUGCUCACGUCGCCCCGCCCGUCAAACCCCCACCUCUUAGUGCCCUUCUCGUCCGCCCCCUUCUUAUGACGUUCUCGAGCUACGCCUUCCUUUGCUUCGUCGACAUGAGCUAUUCAGUCCUCCUCCCCCUUAUCUGCUUCACCCCCAUUUCUCUGGGUGGGCUCGGAAUGAGUCCAUAUCAGAUUGGCACCAUGAUGGGCGGUGUCGGGCUCGUGAAUGCUUUUGUCCAAGUCACUAUGCGCGGGUACUGGGUCCGCAAGUUUGGUGCUAGGAAAACCUUUAUCACUGCUUUCUCGCUAUACCUUCUCUCAUUUUCUGCGUACCCCAUUGCAAUCUUCCUCGCGCGUCGGAAAGUGGGGAUGGGUACGAAUGUGGGGCUUAUUGUCCUUUCACAGUUGGUAUCCAAGUUGUCGACGUCUACUUGCUAUGGAUCAAUGCAUGUUCUCAUCGUGGAGAACUGUCCUUCGAAAGCUUCGUUAGGCUCUACGAAUGGUAUUGGACAAACGAUAUCGUCUGGGAUGAGAUGUGUAGCUCCAACCAUUGCCUCCUCGUUGUUCUCCAUUUCGCUUCAACAGAACAUCGCAGGCGGUAAUCUGGUGUUCAUUGUCUUUUUUGGGAUAAUUUUGGCUGGGAUCUGGACGUCGUUCUUGCUACCAAUCAAGACUAUCUAA